AUGGAUCUCCUCUGGGCUCUUUCCGUGUCCAUGCUGACCGCAUGUGUAGCCAUUCCCAUGGACGCUGCGUCUGGGAGCCACAGCCUGUUCUCCUGCGAGCCCGUGACGCUGCGCAUGUGUCAGGGGCUGCCGUACAACGCCACCUUCAUGCCCAACGUCCUGAACCACUACGACCAGCAGACCGCCGCCCUCGCCAUGGAGCCGUUCCAUCCCAUGGUGAACCUGAAGUGCUCGUCGGAGCUCCGGAUGUUCCUCUGUGCCCUCUAUGCCCCGGUGUGCACAGAGUAUGGCCGGAUGACUCUGCCCUGCCGCCGCCUCUGCCUGCAGGCCAAGAGCGACUGCUACAAACUGAUGGACAUGUUUGGAGUCAGCUGGCCUGAGGAGAUGGACUGCAGCAGGUUUCCAGACUGCGAUGAGCCCUACCCCCGUCCUGGAGACCUCCUGUCCAGUUCAGACACAACAGAGUCACCCAUCUCCGUCCAGAGGGACUACGGCUUCUGGUGUCCCCGGGAACUCAAAAUUGAUCCAGAGCUCGGCUACUCCUUCAUGGGGGUCCGGGACUGCUCCCCCCCUUGUCCUAAUAUGUAUUUCUCUCGUGAAGAGCUGGCGUUUGCUCGUUAUUUUAUUGGGGUGGUGUCCAUUGUCUGUCUGUCUGCCACCCUCUUCACUUUCCUGACUUUUCUCAUUGACGUGUCUCGAUUCCGCUACCCUGAGCGUCCCAUCAUAUUUUACGCCGUGUGCUACAUGAUGGUGUCUCUGGUCUUCUUCCUUGGCUUCCUGCUGGAGGACAAAGUUUCCUGUAACGCAGCGAGUCCCGGGAGGUUCAGGGCCUCGACGGUGACGCAGGGCUCCCAUAAUAAGGCCUGCACUCUGCUCUUCAUGGUGCUGUACUUCUUCACCAUGGCUGGCAGCGUGUGGUGGGUCAUCCUCACCAUCACCUGGUUCCUGGCUGCUGUUCCCAAAUGGGGCAGCGAGGCCAUAGAGAAGAAGGCUCUGCUGUUCCACGCCUGUGCCUGGGGUGUUCCCGGGGUCUUGACCGUCGCUCUGCUUGCCAUGAACAAGAUUGAAGGAGACAGCAUCAGUGGGGUGUGCUUCGUGGGGCUGUACAACCUGACAGCACUGCGCUGGUUCCUGCUGGCCCCCCUUGGACUAGAUGUUGUGAACAUUUACGAGGUCUGGCUCCAGUUCAUCCAGCGGUGCCUGAUGGGGUGGAGUCUGGACUUUGAGGGCCAGUCAAGUUCUUCUCAUCCAACCAGCUGUUUGUGA